AUGGCGGAAGGAAUCGAUAAGAAUGCGGAUGAGCGCAUGGAAUUCUCAACCUCGAAGGAGGUGACUGUUGCGCCAACCUUUGAGGACAUGCACUUGAAGGAAAAUCUUCUCCGUGGAAUCUACGCAUAUGGUUACGAAUCGCCCUCGGCUGUCCAGUCCCGAGCCAUUGUUCAGAUAUGCAAAGGAAGAGAUACGAUCGCCCAGGCGCAGUCUGGUACUGGCAAGACAGCAACCUUCUCCAUCAGUAUCCUUCAAGUGCUGGAAACCUCAGUCCGCGAGACGCAAGCCCUCGUUCUAUCUCCGACUCGCGAACUAGCGACCCAGAUUCAGAGCGUGAUCAUGGCACUCGGAGACUACAUGAACGUCCAGUGUCACGCUUGCAUUGGUGGCACAAAUGUCGGCGAAGAUAUCCGCAAACUAGACUAUGGACAGCAUGUUGUAUCCGGCACUCCUGGCCGUGUUGCAGACAUGAUCCGACGACGAAAUCUACGAACCCGACAUAUUAAAAUGCUAGUCCUGGAUGAAGCCGACGAGCUCCUCAACCGUGGUUUUCGCGAGCAGAUCUACGAUGUAUACCGAUACCUUCCCCCAGCCACACAAGUUGUAGUUGUCUCCGCUACCCUUCCUUACGAUGUCUUGGACAUGACGACCAAAUUCAUGACCGACCCGGUCCGUAUCCUGGUCAAACGUGACGAACUUACACUCGAAGGUUUGAAACAAUACUUCAUCGCUGUGGAAAAGGAAGACUGGAAAUUCGACACUCUUUGUGAUCUCUACGACACCUUGACCAUCACUCAAGCCGUCAUCUUCUGCAACACUCGGCGCAAAGUCGAUUGGCUCACCGACAAAAUGCGCGAAGCGAAUUUCACCGUUAGCAGCAUGCACGGCGAAAUGCCACAAAAGGAACGAGACAGCAUCAUGUCCGAUUUCCGACAGGGCAAUUCUCGCGUAUUGAUCAGCACCGAUGUCUGGGCACGUGGCAUCGAUGUCCAGCAAGUCAGUCUUGUCAUCAACUACGAUCUUCCGUCGAAUCGAGAAAACUAUAUCCAUCGCAUCGGGCGAAGUGGCAGAUUCGGCCGAAAAGGCGUUGCCAUCAAUUUCGUUACCAGUGAUGACGUGAGAAUCCUACGAGAUAUCGAACUCUACUACUCGACACAGAUUGAUGAAAUGCCAAUGAAUGUGGCAGAUCUCCUCACCUAG